UCCAAAAUAUAAGCAACCAGCAAACACAAAUAUGAAUGCAUCAGCAAACCAGAAGGAAUCUGGGGAUGGUGGUGUUGGACAGAGGCAAAUGAAAAAGGUAGAGACCGUUGAUAUUUGCGAAUCGGCCGGGCAAAGGCAAGAGCCGGUUAGGCGCGUGCAGGUUGUGCACGAGGUGCAUCCCCAACCGGCUCCUGCCUCAAAGACAAGCGGCGGCAUUUUGUCAAAUGCCGCCGCCUCUGUCGUCUCUACCCUCGAGUCGGCCAAGGAUACUCUCCAGAGAAAAUAGAUCAACAUCAUUCAUAAUAGUACAUCAUUUUUCAUUGCAAAUGGCAAUGAUUUUGUAAGGCCACAUUAUGUAUAGUGUUUGUUCAUAUGAAAAUUGAAAAUGGUUAAAAUAUGUAGAGUUAAUAGUACCCAUAAUUAUUGAGGUAGUGUUGUCACAAGUUACAUAGCUUUAUUUUGUUGUGAAGCAGAAGCCUGCCCUCAAUGCUUACUCAUUUACUACAAUAUAUUCUCUCAUUACCAAUCUUUAUCUGUAAAAGUAAAUGCUAAAUUUAUGUUUUGACACA